CUUAUUUUGGAAAGAAAACAAGAGUGGAAGAUCCAACAGAGUCACAACCACCUCAAGCACACCAACUUGGAGAAAGCAGCAUGAGCACAGCAACUACUUCCGAAAGCAGCACGAGCACAGCAACUACUUCCGAUAACUCGGACAUUGCAAAUAAUCUCCCUGACUGCUGGACAUUGCAGCAAUACACCAACUUUAGGGAGAAAUACGACAGAUUGGCAGUUUUUUUUAAAAAAAAAUAGGUUGCAAGUAUUGUGAAAAAUUUGACAUUAGAGCAUCAGAAAAAAAGCGUUCACAUAGCUAAGGAGUGGAAACAUUUCGAAAUAGAGGCUGCUGGGAAAAGUAAAGAGGUGCAACAGGCCUCUAUUGGGAAAAAGAUGAAAGAGCACUUCUUAUCCAAAGCUUACAUCUUUUGCAAGAGAAGUUGAAGCAGUGUGAGCAGGGUGCAAAGGACUGGACAAGAUGACAGAAAAGAAUUUAGCAUGCCCAGUUCAAAAAUGCUGAAGAACAGGCUGCAUGGCUUGGUUUGAAAAAAGGAGGAACAGGAAACUAUAUCCUUGACAGAGAGAGUAUUUAAGAGACUUCAGUGAAAGGGCUGACAUCAUUCGAUCCAAAGAAGACAGAGUUUCCAGGACUCAUAAGAGAAAAGAAGGGAACAAGAGUUUAUAAUGGUCAUGUCUCUUUCUGCUGGCUUCCAAUUUAGUUUGAACUUCCUACAAGCAAAGAAAAUCCUGCGGAAGCUCACAGGACUCUGUUGCAUGCUCCUGUUCACACUAUGCCUUUUUGCUGAUCAGGAAAAUGGUGGAAAGGCUCUGGCUUCACCCCCUGGAAGAUGGAACAAAGCUGAUGUGACGUUUGACUCAAACACAGCAUUUGAAUCACUGGUUGUGUCGUCAGACAAGAAGACAGUGGAAAAUGUGGGUGUCCCCCAAGUUGUGCCAGACAAUCCAGAGAGAUUCAAUAGCAGCCCCUGUGUACUGGGGUCUCCUGGAUUCCAAUCAGGGAAACAUUUCUUUGAAGUGAAGUAUGGGACACAAAGGGAAUGGGCUGUUGGGAUAGCCGGGAAGUCUGUGGAGAGAAAACGAAAUCUCAGACUUGUUCCCGAAGAACGGAUUUGGCAAAGAGGUCUCUGGUGGCUUCGGGGACUGGAUUCUGACAAGCCUCACAACAGCUCUGGAAAGAUUAUUGUCUUUUUGGAUUACAAUGGGGGGAAAGUAAUUUUUAACCUGAAUGGUGAAGUCACUACCGUCAAGGCCAAUUUCAAUAGGGAGGAAGUUGUACCCUUUUACUAUUUAGGGGGAGGUGUUUCACUCACAAAUCUUUAAGGAGUUACAAUUCUUGAUUAAAACAAGGGACUUCUCUCUACACAACCUUUGCAAUGCCUGUUCAAGCAUUUAAUAAUCUCUGGCUUUGGGAGAAUAAUCAUAUACAGGUAAUCCUCAAUUUACAACAGUUGGUUUAAUGACUGAAGUUACAACAGCACUGCAAAAAUAUAACUUAUGGAUGUUUUUCACACUUACGACUUGCACCAUUCACGUGAUCAAAAAACAGUCACUUGACAACAGCCUCAUAUUUAUGACCGUUGCAGUGCCCAGGGUCAUGUGAUCAGCUUUUGUGACCUUCUGAGAAGCAAAAUCAGUGGGGAAGCCAGACUCACUUAACAACUGUGUUACUAACUUAACAACUGCAGUGAUUCACUUAACAACUGUGACUAGAAAGGCCAUAAAAAUCAGGCAAAACUCACUUAACAACUGUCUCGCUUAACAACAGAAAUUUGGGGCUCAAUUGUGCUCAUAAGUCGAGGACUACCUGUAUCAUAUGUCCCUCCCCAUCCCCAAACUGCCAACAGCAUUUAAAUUCCAAACUUUAGAAGGGUUUGUUGCCAUACACUUUACACUCCUUUGCAUAAACAAUAUUGCAUCCUUUUCCCCUUAGAGACAUAAAAGUUUCUUGAAGGGAAUUAUGGCAAGGCCACAUUGAAGGUCGUCCCAGUAAUAUACCAAAUCUGUUUAAUCAAUUGGACAAAAGGAAUUGUAUGUGUACUGCUAAUAAAGUCUCAAUUUUAUUACUUUCAUUAUUUAAA